GUUGUAGGUGUGGUCAUUUGCUUGAGGAAGCUGUGCUCAAGUCUGCUAUUGAAUCGUGAGCUGACCACCUAGCGACAUCCGGUCUGAGAUCGUCUGGAAGAGAGUGAACAUCUCGAAAUCCACGUGCGUCAUGGCCGCGGGUUUGUCAAGUCAAGUUUGAUGUCACAACAUAAUACCAAAUGACAGACAUCAACGCGAAUUCCAUUGGAGAAUGUCAAGCAGAAUGAAGGGGCAGCGGAAAGACGUUGGGAAACUCACACAACUGGCCUUCACUAUCUUCUACCAACACUAUCUUCAGUAGUGGCAGUACUUUUUCUAGAGUGCCAUGAAUCCUCCAGCCCUUCGUCCUCUGAGGUCAUCCGCCCGCUCCUCUACGCAGCCAACUACUACCUUACUUGGAACAUCUCAACAGCCUUUUCCAACCAUCUUUCAGCUGCACUGUACGUACAAAGCCCUCUCCAUUGUCGCAGCCAUCGUACUUGCCAUAAUCAUUGUGCUCGGCCUCCGUGGCAGCAUUACGUAUGCACAAAGAUCCGUGGUUCAUUUUACGGUGUGUACUUCGGAAUCGUGCAGAAUAUACAGCAGUCUCCUCUCCCGAUCUAUCAACGAGUCAGAAGACCCCUGCGACAAUUUUUACCAAUACGUUUGUGCCGGAUGGAAGACGCAGCAUGCGCAGACGUCUGUCUACAAAGAACAUAUGAAGUACUUCGUGAAUGCCGUAGCAAAGACGAUGCGUCGUGUGCAAGUCCCAAGGCAUGGACAAACGGCAGUGCAUCAAGCUGCUGCAAUCUAUCAGAGGUGUGCAGCCAUUGUAACAGAAGGGAAAGAGGAGCUGGAUGAGUUCCUCGCCGUCUUACACUCUGUGGGAAUUUAUUGGCCACGGAUCCCGGAAAACGCGAAUGCUAUAGCGGUAAUGAUUCAGACGUACACAACGCUGCAGAUCAGUCCGUUGUUUACAAUUAGGAAAAACUUAGACGCUGGAAAUGUCGUCGUAGAAAUGCUACCCUCAUCGAGUCUAGCGAAGAUGAUAGAGAAAAGAAAAGAGCUGGAAGGUUAUGGAAAAUACCGCGACUACUUUCAGUCUUUCGUCGAUAUAUUUGGAAGCAUUAAUUCGCAUGAGCCAGUGACCCUGAGCUACUUGAGUUUUCUUUCUCUUGAGGACACAGUAUUCCGACAUAUGGCCAAGCAUGCGCUUACAACCACUUUAUCCUUGUAUACCGUAGCGGAUAUAAUGCGUCUUACUCCCAAUAUCAAACCAGUUCGAAUAUUCCCAGAAAUUAAUGAAGGCUUAAAUAUUUCAAAGAAUACACCAUACUUAGUUUACCUCGGCAACCCCAAGUAUCUUGAUGGGUUAGAUAAACUUUAUGCGUCUAUAGGAGAAAGUAACGUGCACAUGUACAUCAGUUGGGUGGUCAUUCAGCACCUAGCUCCGUUCAUGAGCAAAGAUCUUGCCGUUCUUUAUUAUGGCAGCAUUCAUGAAGCACUUGAAGAGACACCCGCGAGGUGUCUUUCAUUGGCAGAAACGUUUUUGGGUUCGUGCAUAUUUGCUAAGUAUAUGGCCGAAGAAUUAAGUCAAGCAGUAAUCGCUGACAUAAAUGUCAUUGCGCAAAACAUUCGAGAGACAUUGACAGCUAAGGUUAUCACCGAUUCAUUUCUUGGUCUUCCAAGAAGUUUCAUCGUAUUCGUGCAAGACCAAGGUUUAUUGUUUAGGAACACCACGGCUGAUACUAUUAAUUCUCGUAUAGAAGAUAUUGGACCCUUGCUUGCUCGGAGUUGGGUAAGUGCUGCGAAAGCUACUUAUAUUGACAGACUCUCAUACAGUACAUCGGACAAUCGUCAGAUUCUUCGCAUCGUGGACCAUACCACGUACAAUUUCUUCGACGACAAUACGCACAUCCUGGCUGUAGCUCCAUAUGUAUCUAUGCUGCCACUCUACGAAUCAGAUAUCUUAGAUGGGGUGAAAUACGGUGGAUUAGGAAUAAUAAUAGGAGCUGCAUACUUCGACCAAUUUGUUGCAAACGUUUCGAGUACAACGAACAUCGAGAACGAAUUGCACAACAGAAGGCAGUGCUAUGGGUCAGGUGGCGAAUCCUUGUCUAGCACGAACUCUCUGUAUUCUCGAGCAGUAUCUCUGGAAGUCGUGUGGGAUGCUUUCUGGAAGUCACGUGUGCUCCGCUCAGACCACCGCAUAAAGGGGCUCCUGCAUCUUAGCGAGGAAAAACUUCUGUUCGCAACGAUGUGCUAUGCGCUGUGCUCGAACGUUGCUUCUGAAGCAGCUGAGGAACUCUGCAAUGGCCCUCUUCGACAUGAUAGUAUUUUUUCUGCCCUCUACUCUUGUAGCGAAAGAUCUCCAAUGAAGGGACAAAGAUGCAAAGUAUUGUAACUGUUGCUAGAAAUAAACACGUAGGACCACUG